GACAUUUUGAGACCUUUUUCUAAAACGAGUCACGGCACGGCAUUAAACAUGGUGAUGAACAUCUUCGUGGAGUUUUUCUUGGUCAUGCUCAAAGUUUGCUGGGCCAUCGUGAUGGCCGGAUUCAAGUGGCUGAUACGGCCGAAGGAGAAGAGCGUAGCGGGACAGGUGUGCGUGAUCACCGGGGCGGGCGGAGGGCUCGGGCGGCUCUUCGCCAAGGAGUUCGCCCGGCGCCGGGCUACACUGGUGCUGUGGGACAUCAACAGCCACAGCAAUGAGGAGACUGCGGAGAUGGUGCGACAGAUCUACAGAGAGCAGGACAACCCGAUGUCAAAAGAGGGAGCUGUUGGUGGUGUGGAAGAGGUUCCUCCGUUUCAGCCGCAGGUGUAUACAUACGUGCUUGAUGUGGGAAAGAGGGAGAGUGUGUACUCGACAGCAGAGAAAGUGCGUAAGGAGGUUGGUGAAGUGGACUUGUUGAUCAACAACGCUGGUGUUGUGUCCGGCCACCAUCUGCUAGAGUGUCCCGAUGAGCUGAUCGAGAGGACCAUGGUGGUGAACUGCCACGCGCACUUCUGGACCACCAAGGCAUUUCUUCCCAAGAUGCUAGAGAUGAACCAUGGCCAUAUUGUGACCGUUGCCAGUUCACUGGGCCUUUUCAGCACAGCUGGUGUGGAGGAUUACUGCGCUAGCAAGUUUGGUGCCAUCGGCUUCCAUGAGUCCCUGAGCCACGAAAUCCAGGCUUCGGAGAAGGACGGUAUCAAGAUGACGCUGGUGUGUCCUUACCUGGUGGACACGGGCAUGUUCAGAGGAUGCAGAAUAAGGAAAGAGAUCGAGCCGUUUCUCCCUCCGCUGAGACCAGAGUUCUGUGUGAAACAGGCUAUGAGGGCCAUCCUGACAGACCAGCCCAUGAUCUGCACGCCUCGCAUCGUAUACAUGGUCAACUUUAUGAAAAGCAUUUUGCCGUUUGAAGCAAUCGUGUGCAUGUACCGGUUCCUUGGUGCUGACAAGUGUAUGUACCCCUUCCUGGCUCAAAGAAAAGAGGCGAUGAACAACAACGAGGCCAAGAACGGGAUCUAGAGGGUGCCAUUUUUUUAACCCACAAGGGUAUUUUUCUAACCCGCAUGAGGAUAAGACCACUGAGAGGGCAGAAGGAAGAGAAAAGACUGAGUUUUUUUAGACUGGUGCACUUGCAUUUGGCAGAUGCAAAGGUUUACCAUAUUGUUCCUCUGGAACAAAGAAAGCUGUGUACUACACUAAGGAUUUAUUUGUUGAUUUUUAUGUUGUGUGUCUUUUUUAAAGGUUUGUUUAAUCAAACCAUCCAUCUAUAUACUGUGUCAAUAGUUUUGAAAUCAUACAUGAGCUAUUCAGUAAUUAACUAUUUACGUAAUGUAGUCAUCAGCAUUAUCUAGCAUCUUUGUGAAACUAUACAGUAUGUUACUGUACAAACAGUAAAUUCUUGUCACUUUUUUUGGUUUUGUUUUGUUUGUGUGUAGACAUGCACUGUAUUUACUUUCUUCUACACUGCCGACAUUAUCUACACAGUUCAAUGUGGCACAACGCCAACCCCAAUCCAUUUAAAGGCUGGAGAUCAUGUGUCUGAAAGAGCCCAGUUCUGCACCAUGUGAUGUUAUACAGUAGAUGAAAUAUUUUGCAUUAUCCCCCCCACACACAAACACACAUUUCUCUUUGUUGACGUCAUGAGAAGUGUAAGUGGGUAAACCUCUGGUCUUUUAUUUUUUCAGCUGCCGAUGGGAAGGGAGUGUUUAUUUUUUUUACUCCAUAAUCUACAGAGUCUUACGGUAUUUUGUAUAAGUAAAUAUACCAGAGCGACGGUCAAUCUGAAGAGAUGGCCUGCUUUUUAUCUAAUGUCAUUGAUUAUUAUAUUUAGUAUUAAGUGACCAAUUUUAAACUUGCGCAGCAGCUGAAAAUACUUUUGGUCGUUUCAUUGUGGAAUCAUCAUGAAGUUUAUAAAUCAUUUAUGAAUCGCCAGUUACAGUCAAUAACCCGAGGAUCUUGUCAUAAUCUGAAUAUGAUGCAUUUUUUUUUAAUGUACACUUAUUAUUUCUGUAUGCAAAGCUGAACCAUUAAACAAGUUUUUCACACACAAUUUUUACAUUUAGGCCAGCAAAAGACAAAACACAUGAUUUUAAAGUACAUUCCAAUAGGCUUCCUCUCUUCACCGACUGUGAUGAGCCUAAAAUCUCUACCUCUUCAUAUUUUUUUUGCCAUUUGUUAUUGUUACAGUAUGACAUAAAUACUCUUUUGUAACUUUCCUAAAGAGUGCUCUAUAGAUGAGCACACAACAUGGUUCCAAUGUUUAGUGUCUCUACCUAACUUAAAUUAAUAAAAUGAUUUAGAUUAUGA